UUGCACUAUAUACUGAUUAUAACGUGCUGUUUCUCCUAACUAGCUUUGUUAAGCAGCGCGGGUGGCACGGUAACUCUCUUUUAUCUUGAAAGGCUUUACGAGAUCAAAAUUCAAUCCCAUCGAAAAAAAAGUGGAAUGACGUUAUUUGAAAAUGUGCCCAAAAUUCCUAAUGAGUAACUUAGCGAGAGGAGAAGGCAGAGACUGCAACAGCUGUUUCCUGUUGAAAAUAUCUGUAAUAUAGAUAAAUGUGAAGGAUUUUCUCUCUAAAUCCGUCUCCUGUUCGCUAAAUCUCACUUCACCAAAACGAGCCUGCGCAAUGGAACAUUGUCGAAACACUGAGAUGUGACAUUGCCUACAUCCAUCCCAUCGUCUUUCUCGCUGGAUUUUUUAAUGACUUCAAACAAAUUCAUUUUUGCUGGUCUUUGCCGCGUGGAGACCUUGGGUAUGAUCGCCGGUCACUUCUUUCAGUGGCAGUUGUGUGAUGUCUUCAAGAGUAAGAUGUGCUGUAUCUCCUGUACCCAUACCCUGUCCCUGGUGCUGUGCGUUCUGGCGCUGACGCCAGCUGCGACGGCGGGUCCCGAGACGCUGUGCGGAGCGGAGCUGGUGGACACGCUGCAGUUCGUGUGCGGAGAGAGAGGCUUUUAUUUCAGUAAACCCGGGGGCUACGGGCCGAGCUCGCGGCGAUCGCAGAACCGAGGCAUCGUGGACGAAUGCUGCUUCCAGAGCUGUGAGCUCCGCCGGCUGGAGAUGUACUGUGCGCCGGUCAAGUCCGGGAAGGCGGCGCGCUCUGUGCGAGCGCAGCGCCACACGGACACGCCGAAAGCACAGAAGGAGGUGCAUCACAAGAAUUCCAGCCGAGGAAAUACAGGUGGCAGGAAUUACCGGAUGUAGAGGAGGAGGCCCAGGAGGGCAGCCAGAGGGACCCGCAGGGGUGAUAGAGGGACGUAUCGACUGACGGAAGGAUGGAGAAGGGUGUGGGCCCCCAACCUUGUCCCAACAUGUAAUGGUUCACUGUAGAAACAACGAAGAUAAUACAAAACAAAUAAGCAAAACAAAACAGGAUAUUGAUUAAAUAUGCUCAAUAAGUACCAAAUAGCAAGAAGGGAGAGAGUUCUGUCCAUAAUGUACACUGUUAUUUGUAAGAAAGUAAUGUGUGUGUGUGUGGGGGGGGGAGAUCACUAUCCACCUAAAAGAUAUAUGUUAAACUGAAAGGAGAAAUUUGCUGCUUGACUCCAUUGCGAGAGCUGUAGCACCUCCUGGCUGUGGGAGGACCUUCCUGCACACCCAGGUCGUGCGCAUCAUCUGAGCAUCCGUCCUCUCUGAAGACCCAUCCUGCCUGGGAAUGAAACCCCACCCCCCACCCCCGGUCUGCCUCCUGCCACUGAACUGCAGUAGAGAGGGUUAAAAACAGGCUUGAGGUCAUCAGAUGGAGCAGCCCAAAAAUGGGAGGGGGGGGUGUCCACUUCACAGUAAGAGAGGACCAAUGUUUUAAUCCAUACACAAGCUGGGUGCUUUGCUAGAAAAAGAGAGUGUGAUUUUUAAUCUUGGGUCGAAUUUUAUCACGUUGCCUUCGGCCUGCAGACAUCAUGGUUGUCUCACGUGAUUUUAUCCAGUGUAUUAACCAUUCUUCUGUCUGCACUGACUGUGCAAAAAAAAAAGCAAAAAAUCCCUCUUUCCCUAGGUCAAAAUGACACAACCAUGCAUGCCACUGGAAUGCAUUCUGGGAAAGACGAAAAAAACAGAUUAAAAGAGUUUUACCAACUGAAACCAACAGUCUCCCAUUGUCAUUGGGGCUUUCUAAGAACAUCUGUGAACGUGUGGAAAAAGAUGUCACCGUGGUUUGCGUUCGCUGGAACGGGAUGUUCAGCCCGUGACGUUUUUUUGGAAGGGUGAUUUUGUGUGUCCUGGAGCCAGAUAUGUUCUUAACUGCGAGCCUGUUUGGUGGGGGAGGGGGGGCAUUAGCGUAUUAGUGUUGCCAUGCAGAGACAGGAGAUUAACGAUUGAUUCCACUUGUCCUGUGUUUUUCUCCUUUGGUAGAUUAGCGAAGGAUCCUUUGCUUUUGUAAUACCUUGGACCGCAUGCUUUUUCAUUUGGGAAAAACAAAAAAAAACGAGAGAAAAAAGACAACUAAUAUGCACCGGCAACCAAACCGAAUUACUCAGACACACGAUACUGCUACCCAGAAUGCUCACGCACACACACACCUGCACACACACACGCACACACACACACACCUGCACACACACACACACGCACACAAACUGGCUCCCUGUUCAUAAGAAUUACCACCAUCUCCUCAGUCCGUGAUCUCCGAAUGUUGUGGCUUCCAGACUGAGACAAGCCAGUCCCUCUGAGAUAUACGCACCAUAGUGGUGACCCGAUGACACGGAACAUCACAAACACACUGUCUUCUUCUGUACCUGCGUAUAAUCAAACAGUAUUCCCAUUUAUUUUAGUUUAUGCAUCGUCCUACUAUCAUUGUACAUAAUGGUAUCAUAUAGCAAAACCGUAUUAAGGAAUCUUAUCCACUGUAUAAUGGUGCUAUUUUGUAGUUUGUUACUUGCAAGGGUUGGCUGGAAACAGGAAGAGAAACUGAGAGCGAAGCUGAUUGGUUGGACGUCUUCCCUUUUGCACAGCCUUGUGGCCAUCGUUUUAUAUGAUAUAUUUUUUAUUUGUAAGCUAUUUCAAUCAGUUAGUGGUGUAAGCGAGCAAACGUAUUUGUGGAAAGCCUGUGAAUGCAUAAAAAAAACAUCUUGAUGUGAUCCCAAAAGGCUAAUUGCUAUUUUUUCUACUGUUUUUAAAUUAUUAUUAUUAUUCAAUAUUGAUCCCUAUGCCAAAUGACUUGACAAAGAGUACUGUGAACUAUUAUCUUCCAUUAUUAUCAAGGUGUUUAAAGUCAUAGUGUACUUUUGUCUGUCCUAAAAUAUAUGUAAUGUAUUAAUGGAA